AUGCUAUGGACAGACCAGGCGUCUGAGGAAAGCAGAUCCUUCCGAGGAUCUCUGAGUAGAUUCCAUGAGGAGGAUGGACAAGGUGAUCUGCAAAGCCUCACUGCUGUGAGGGCCCGAGGCACACAGGAUGUGGGCAUUUUUCCCCCAGAAUCACCCGCAUUGAAUAUUUCCAUCUCCACUAAAGCAGCCAGUCUUGCCAAUGCACACUAUGCUCCCAAAACACAGUUUAUCAUUGUUUUCAUAGUAAUAAGCACCACGAGCUACCUUCACAUUCCACACCACUCGCAGCUAAUGGAGCCUGGCGCUUUACCUGGUCUCUCGCCCAUCACACUCACCCGACACUCUGAAGAACAACGAAAGCCGACAGGACACAGCUCUGAAGACACAAUGUGCCCUACGUACUUUACAAAUCUUGCCCUGUACUGUGACUGCUCCAGGAACCUACAGGGUUCCCGAGACUGCAGUGUGAGUCCCAUACUUCCGGGGUCCACAACACACCUGGCCCAGCCGGAGGGCAGCCUCCACCUCACCACCAGCCCACCCCGGCCUGUGUCCACCCUCUGCAACCUUCACGGCACCCCCGGCACCCACAGCAGCCCGGUGGCAGCCUCCGCCACGGCCUCGUUCGCACAGCUCCCGCGUAGGGGAAAGCAGCAGCGGGUCUGCGAGGGAGCCGCAGGGCGGGCCAGGCUGGGCGGCCAACAACCAACGGCCGUGCCGGACGCAAAGGAAAACCUCGGGCCGCAGGCGGCUGGUCCCGAGCGCGCCCCUCCUGCAAAGUCCGCUCUCCUCCCGGCCCGCAGGGUAGGAGACAGGCAGACCCAGAACCUCAGUUUCCCGACACCCGGUGCAGGCCAGGCCGGGUCGCGGGCGAGAGGUGCACGUCGGCCCCGCCCGCUGUCCCGCGCGCCCGGGGCGCAGAGCCGGGAGCGGGGAAGGGGCGUCCUCCGGGAGGGGCCCUGGGCGGGGGCAGCCGAGCGGGAGCCUCCGCGGGAGCGCAUAUGCACACGCACACGCACACGCGGGCCCGGAAUCCCGCGGGGGCCUUGGGCUGCUGGGCGGCUCAGAGGGGAGGAGGGCGUCCGCGCCGCGCGGCCCGCGCGCCCGACGGCCCCGGAGGAGGGCAGUGUGUGGAGCGGAAGGUGGAGCCGGGAAGGCAGCGGAAGCCAGGAAACGCGAGAAGGUUCCAGGGCAGAGGGAUGCUGUGCUCCGGGGGCCUGGCGCACAGGCGGCGCCGAGCCAGCCCGGCGGGUGCAGAGCGGCCGGGUGCGCGGCCUGCGGGUGCGCCGCCUGGGAGCGAGGCGCGGCGCCCGGCGUGCAGCGGGGCCUGGCGUUUGCCCUCGGGGCGUCUGGGGAAGAGCGAGGGCUAUGCAGGCGCCCCCUUCAAGCCCCCGGGGCCGAGCCUGCGCCCGGUGCCCAGAGGGACCAAACACACCCCGGGCAGGGAGGCCGGGAGUGACAGCGGGGCCCGCUUCGGACACCGUCUCCCCCAGAUCCUCGAGUUGUGUUUCUGCAUCUAGGGCCCGACCUCCUCACCCGACCCCCUCGCCCGCAUCCUGCUCCUCAGCCACCUUCCCAGUCACGGUGCAGCGUGGAGGCCGGCCGGCUGACAGCCUAGACACGGGGAAGCCAGCCGGCAACUCCUCAGGGACUUGUACGAAAUCAGCAGGGCUGUCCAGGGAGGCCAGCCCGUCUCCGAAAAACACCACAGCUAACUCAGGAGACAGCUCCUGCGGAAAACAGCAGCAUGCUGGAAAAAACAGCCCUUGUCCUUGUCCUUACAUGCCGUUCUGAGCGCACCUUCGCAA